GAGAGAAGAAGGUCAGGUCGGUCGAGGGUUGCUAUGAAAGCGCACGUCCUCCUCCCUCUCUCUACUAAAACCCCCUCAGUCUCCUCUCUUUCUCAGUCUCCUCUCUUUCUCAGUCUCUCUCUUUCUAUCUCCCUUCUCGCUCUCGUUCUGAUGAACUUUAAAUUCUUGGCUACGUUGAUGAGUUCCCACUACCUCCACUGACAAACGGGUGACUCUCAUUGGCCUCUUCCGUCCACUUUUGCCCAAAGUUAAACAAGAAAGUUCAUUUAUUUCUGUCAUACACUCCCUCGAGUCUCUCCGUCUCCCUGGUGAUCCGUGAUUCCUGAUCCUGAAUUUGUAUGAACAUUCUCUCUCUCUCUCUCUCUCUCUCUCUCUCUCUGAGAUUGUGUUUGUAUGCGUGAUGUCCUGUAAUACAGAAUUGCCGUUUUGCGCGUCGUACAAGUAAAUACUGAACCUCAACUGUAAGCGAGUGUGGCUCUGUAUUUCAGUAGAAGAUAAUAGUGAAGGAAGAGCAGAGUGUUCCUAUUUUGGGAAAUUAAUAGCGAAUCAGUUAUUGAGUUCGUUAUUCCCUACGGAUCACACAGUUUAGUCACCACUAACCAUGACAGAGCCAGCAAAUAAUUCAGAGGCAGAGAGCAGCAGCAACUCUUUCCCAUUGUCUCCGUCUUCUACGUCUUCAUCUGUCUCAGGCCCAUCGAAAAAGGCUAAAUUACAAGACCCCGAUGAGAAAAAGACCAAAAAGGUGAGAGAUUGCAGCAAGCACCCAGUUUACAGAGGUGUUCGAAUGCGCAAUUGGGGCAAAUGGGUCUCCGAAAUUCGCGAGCCUCGCAAAAAAUCCAGGAUUUGGUUAGGUACAUUCCCAACCCCUGAAAUGGCUGCCAGAGCCCACGAUGUUGCCGCGUUGAGUAUCAAAGGAAACUCGGCGAUUCUCAAUUUCCCCGAGCUCGUCGGGUCGUUGCCCCGGCCUGCAUCACUCUCACCCCGUGACGUUCAAGCCGCCGCAGCUAAAGCGGCUGCAAUGGAGGAAUUCAAUUUGCCCUGUUCGUCGUCGUCAUCGUCAUCGUUACCCUCCACAUCUUCAUCUUCCUUGUCGACAAUGGAGUCGACGCCCGAUGAACUGACCGAGAUCGUGGAGUUACCGAGACUAGGGGAGAGCUUUGAUUCUCCCCAGUCGCAGCACGAUUAUAUCUUCGUUGACUCGGUUGAUGGGUGGGUCUAUCCUCCACUGUGGUUGCCAAGCCAUGACGAUUAUGGGUAUUUUCUCGAUCAGAUGAUGGUGCCGGAGACUCUGAUUCCAAGCAGCUCUGAUGCUUUACUUUGGGAUUAUUAAUGCUAUAUUGGCGUGUGAGUGUUUAAUGUGUGUUUUGUCCGCUUUUUUCUUCCUUCUUUUGGCUUUCUGUUCUUUUUCUGCUUUUUGCC